GACACGCUGCCUGACGCGCGCACCCCCACUCAGGACUCCGUACCACGCAACUCCGACACAAAUGGAUAUUUCCGUGGCUUUGUUAUACCUCGUCCUUUUUUCCAAACCAGCUUUGGCUUUUGGGUCGGGUCAAGACUACCAGAUCGAUAUCAUCAAUGAAUUGGAUUUGGCAAAUGCCACCUAUGGAAUUACCCAAGUGGCGGGACUUCACAACAGCAGCAAGGCCUUCAUUUUCCGAGAUGUUGGGAGAGCAGUUCAAGCACCGGCGCACAUUACAGAGAAAGUCGUGCAGCUAUUCAAGAGGAAAAGUGAAUUCACCUUUUUGGCCUCCAUCCAGCAGAAGUCCUUGACAUCGGGCGUCAUAUUCUCCAUCCAUGAGUCAGAACACAGCUACUUUGAACUGGAGAGCAGCGGCGUGCGAGAGGAGAUCCGUUACCACUACCGCUUCAAGGGCAAGCCCCGCUCCGAGUCCUUCCCCUACCGCCUCGCCGACGGCCAGUGGCACAAGAUUGCCCUGACUAUAAGCUCCUCCCAUCUACUCCUACACGUGGAUUGUAACAGGAUUUACGAGCGAGUUAUAGACCCGCCUCAGAUGGAUCUCACCCCGGGCAGUGGAGUCUGGCUGGGACAGCACGGCCACAAGCACGGCUUAUUCAAGGGCGUUAUCCAGGAUGUGAAGUUGAUAUUUGCUCCCAACGGCUACAUCACCCAAUGUCCAAACCUCAAUCGCACCUGCCCAACCUGUAGCGACUUCCUGAGCUUAGUGCAGGGCAUUAUGGACCUGCAGGACCUACUCGCCAAGAUGACCCUGAAGUUAAAUUACGCAGAGUCCAGGCUGACCCAGCUGGAGGGAUGCCACUGCGAGAAGACCUGCGGCGCCAACGGCCAGGUCUACAGGAACAAGGAGCUCUGGGCGGAGCCGGAAAAUUGCAGGAACUGUGCAUGUAAGAACGGCGUCGUGGAGUGCCGGCGGAUUUUCUGUCCUCCUACGAAUUGCUCCGAGGACUCCUUGCCUGUGCAUGUGGACGGGACGUGCUGUAAGAAAUGCAGGCCAAAAUGCAGAUACGUGGGCAAGGUCUUCUCCCAGGGGCAGCGCUUCCUGUCCAGGAGCUGCAGGGAAUGCAAGAACGGCUUGAUGGUGAAAGUUUCAGAAACCUGUCCACAGCUCAACUGUUCUGACGAUGAACAGGUCUUAAGGGACGGGAGAUGCUGCAAUGUUUGCCAAGGUUACGACUUCUGCUCAGAGGGGAUCAUCUGUGGAGACAAUUCUGAAUGUAAAAAUCGGAAUACGAAAGCGGAGUGUGAAUGCAAGAGCGGCUACGCCUCUAUUCACGGGGAUUCCACUUACUGCGAAGAUAUUGAUGAGUGUGCGACCCAGAUGCACUACUGCCAGACCAACAGUGUGUGUGUCAACCUGCCGGGCAGCCAUCGCUGUGACUGUUUGCCAGGCUUCACCCGAGUGGACGAAUAUUCCUGCACCGAGCACGACGACUGUGCCAGCGGCCAGAACUCGUGCGACGAGAACGCCAUCUGCACCAACACCAUUGGAGGACACCUGUGCACCUGCAAGCCCGGCUACGUCGGGAACGGCACCAUCUGCAGGGCGUUCUGUGAAGACGGCUGCAGGAGCGGCGGGACGUGUGUGUCUCCCAACACUUGUGUUUGUCCUUCAGGAUUCACAGGACGCUUUUGUGAAACAGAUAUCGACGAGUGUGCUGAGGGUCUGAUUGAGUGUCACAACCACUCCCGCUGUGUCAACUUACCCGGCUGGUACCACUGCGAAUGCAGAACCGGUUUCCAUGACAAUGGCUCCUAUUUGCUGGAUGGGAGCUCCUGCAUGGACGUGGACGAGUGCAGUUUGCAGACGCACAGCUGCUGGAACGACAGCGUGUGCGUGAACCUCCCAGGAGGCUACGACUGUGUGUGCACAUCAGGUCCAGGAUGCACUGGGGACUGUCCACAGGAGGAAGGGGUCAGGAGGAACAGAGAAGACUGGAAAGCCAGCUUUGACCUGUGCAGCAUCUGCUCCUGCAAGGAUGGCCGGACAUAUUGCAGAAGGAAACCAUGCGACUGUGGCGACCCGGAAGAGGAUCUGUUCUGCUGUCCCAGUUGUGACCACAGACCCAGCAGCCAGUGUCUGGACCAGAGUGGUCGCACACUCUACCGUAGUGGAGCAUCCUGGCUGUACGGAUGCCAGCAGUGCCGCUGCAUGGAAGGGGAGGUGGACUGCUGGCCUCUGGUUUGUCCGGCGCUGACGUGCGAGUACACGGCGGUGGCCGAGGGCGAGUGCUGUCCGCGCUGCGUGGCAGACCCCUGCUCGGCUGACAACCUGUCCUACGACAUCCGGCAAACCUGCCAGGAUCCCGCGGGCCUCGCCCGUCUCAGCGGAGACACAUGGCGCAUGCCCAAGUCGCCCUGCACCAGCUGCACGUGUAAAAAUGGAAACGUUUGCUGUUCGGUGGAUCUCGACUGCCUUCACAACAACUGAAGAGCCGCUUCCCGCCGCCCCUUUCUCUCGCCUCCUCGCCCUGACUCCUACUCUCUCGCCACAGGCUCGCGGCGCCCUCCCACCCCUUUUCUCCCGUUAGACAACGGGAGGAUUUUUUGACAGACUCUUGCACAGUCUUGUGCAUGUCAUUGUGUGCACAGAGAAUACAAACACUGCUUGAGAUGCGGAGUCCACCCCCCCACCCACCUGUAACGACUGACGGUACGUGACUGGACGUGGCUCGGACGGCGCCUGGGGUACUCUCACCACUCAACUGUAUGUUUUUGUCCUCGGUCUGUCCGACCAAAUGUUUUUUUGCAUAUUUUCAUCGAAGCCGUAAACCAGAUGAUUAGGUAAUGAGGUCAUAGUUUAUGAUGCAGCGUCGUUUUGUGCCAUACCAUUCCGUCACGUUAAAGGCCUACUGAAAUGAGAUUGUCUUAUUUAAACGGGGAUAGCAGGUCCAUUCUAUGUGUCAUACUUGAUCAUUUCGCGAUAUUGCCGUAUUUUUGCUGAAAGGACUUAGUAGAGAACAUCGACGAUAAAAUUCGCAACUUUUGGUCGCUAAUAAAAAAGCCUUGCCUGUACAGGAAGUAGCAAACGAUAUGCGCGUGACGUCACGGGUUGUGGAGCUCCUCACAUCCUCAUAUUGUUUACAAUCAUGGCCACCAGCAGCUAGAGUGAUUCGGACCGAGAAAGCGCAAAUUUCCCCAUUAAUUUGAGCGAGGAUGAAAGAUUCGUGGAUGAGGAAAGUGAGAGUGAAGGACUAGAAACGAAAAAAAAAAGGCGAGGGCAGUGGGAGCGAUUCAGAUGUUAUUAGACAAAUUUACUACGAUCAUUCUGGAAAAUCGGGCUUCACGGUGGCAGAGGGGUUAGUGCGUCUGCCUCACAAUACGAAGGUCCUGCAGUCCUGGGUUCAAAUUUCCCCAUUAAUUUGAGCAAGGAUGAAAGAUUCGUGGAUGAGGAUAGUGAGAGUGAAGGACUAGAAACGAAAAAAAAAGGGCGAGGGCAGUGGGAGCGAUUCAGAUGUUAUUAGACAAAUUUACUACGAUCAUUCUGGAAAAUCGGGCUUCACGGUGGCAGAGGGGUUAGUGCGUCUGCCUCACAAUACUAAAGGUUCUGCAGUCCUGGGUUCAAAUCCAGGCUCGGGAUCUUUCUGUGUGGAGUUUGCAUGUUCUCCCCGUGAAUGCGUGGGUUCCCUCCGGGUACUCCGGCUUCCUCCCACUUCCAAAGACAUGCACCUGGGGAUAGGUUGAUUGGCAACACUAAAUUGGCCCUUGUGUUUGAAUGUGAGUGUGAAUGUUGUCUGUCUAUCUGUGUUGGCCCUGCGAUGAGGUGGCGACUUGUCCAGGGUGUACCCCGACUUCCGCCCGAUUGUAGCUGAGAUAGGCGCCAGCGCCCCCCGUGACCCCAAAAGGGAAUAAGCGGUAGAAAAUGGAUGGAUGGAAUUCUGGAAAAUCCCGGAUCUGCUUAUUGUGUUACUAGUGUUUUAGUGGGAUUAUAUGGUACCUGAAAGUCGGAGGGGUGUGGUGACCGCCAGUGUCUCUGAGGGAAGCCACGCAGCUGCAAGAGGACGCAAGCUCCGCUCAUAACUACGGUAAGAGCCGACUAAUUACCACAAUUUUCUCACCGAAACCUGCCGGUUGACAUGUGGUCGGGAACCAUGUUCGUUUGACCGCUCUGUUCCAUAGUAAAGCUUCACCUUCGGGAAUUUUAAACAAGGAAACACCGGCUGUGUUUGUGUGGCUAAAGGCGGCCGCAAUACACCGCUUCCCACCUACAUCUUUCUUCUUUGACGUCUCCAUUAUUAAUUGAACAAAUUGCAAAAGAUUCAGCCACACAGAUGUCCAGAAUACUGUGGAAAUAUGCGAUUAAACCAGACUACUUAUAGCUAGGAUCGGGCUGGAAAAAAAUGUCUGCUACAACCGGUGAUAUCAAACGCGACAUAUUCAACAGGACACUUCUCGGGAAAUUUAAAAUUGCAAUUUAGUCAACUAAAAAGGCCAUAUUGGCAUGUGUUGCAAUGUUAAUAUUUCAUCAUUGAUAUAUAAACUAUCAGACUGCGUGGUCGCUAGUAGUGGCUUUCAGUAGGCCUUUAACUCGCAAACAAAAGUCACUUUCAACACUUGUGCAACCCCAAAACACCUUCUUGUCUUCAUUAAGCUAAGAAAUUAAGUAGUGCAAUUAAUUAGGGGUGUCGCGGUGAAAUCGGUCAGACAUCAGCGAGAAACAAGUAUUGGCUAGCGCUUUAAACUUUCCGAUACAAGGUUUGUUUACCUGUGCAAAGUUGGACAGCCAGUUUACAUCUAAAUGUCCUCCAAUAAGCGCACAAAGUUGAACUUUACUUGUACUUGAGGGAAGCAGAUACACAAAGAGUAGGGAUGUAACGGUGUUAAAAUGUCGCUGUACGAUAUUAUCACGGUAUUAAGGCCAUGGUAUGAUAUUAUUGUGGUGUAUGUUUAAAAAAAAAUAAAAAAAGUGUAAUUCAGGGGUGUCAAAAUCAUUUUAGCUCAGGGGCCGGACUAUUAAAAUCAUGGCAUUAAAACUAAACAAAUAAAGACAACUUCAGAUUGUUUUCUUAGUCUUACUUUGGCCAAAAAUAGAAUAAAGACAUUCUGGAAAUAUUACAAUAAAAAUAUAGAAAGAAAAAAAUACCGGCAACGGUAAAGUUUAGAUCAGGGAUCUCAGACAUGCAGCCCCGUGAGACGUUAUUUUGCGGCCCCCAACUUAAUAUGAAAGUUUAAUGUUAGUGCGGCCCGCAAGUUUUAUAUGAAUGGUGCUUGACAGAGUUGUGUAAUUUGGGUCCAAAAUGGCUCUUUCAACGUUCUGGGUUGCCUACCCCUGCAUUGGUGGAAAAGCGGAAAAUUAGUGAAAGCGACAGAAAGGUUGCUAUGGAGACGAGGGUUGUCUUACGUGCCCGGCUGCAGUCACACCGCCACACUUGUCCAUCAGUAAUAACCUGGACCAAUUCAAACAGUUAUUUGUUUGUUUUUAAUUGUUUAAUUUGUAUUGCCUCACACGAUGAAUACUACAUAUAUUUCUAUAUGACGCCAGAUAAGACUCCGAGACCCUUCGCUUUUUUGCGGUUGCAAUCCCGGUACUUUCCCGGCUAUUAUCCACCGACCGCCGUUGCGGAAAUUACAUUAUUCUCUGUGCGUGGGCUAAUUACAAUCUUAUUCCACAACUCCAAACAUGUCUUUUUCAAAGCCUGCAGUAAAGAGAAAGGUUUCUGAUGAGCAAAGACCAAUCCGGCCCGGCAUAUGUUAUUUUGCGGCCCCCAACAUAAUAUGAAAGUUUAAUGUUACCGCGGCCGGCAACUUUUAUAUGAAUGGUGCUUGACAGCGUUGUGUUAUUUGGAUCCAAAAUGGCUCUUUCAACAUUCUGGGUUGCCUACCUCUGCACUGGUGGAAAAGCGGCAAAUGAGUGAAAGCGACAGAAACGUUGCCAUGGAGACGAGGGUUUUCUUACGUGCCUGGCUGCAGUCACACCGCGACCCCAGUCCGUCAGUAAUAACAGUCCCCGAUAACCUGGACCAAUUCAAACAGUAGAUUUUUUUUAAUUGUUUAAUUUGCAUUGCCUCACACGAUGAACACUACAUGUAUUUCUAUAUGAUGCCGUAUAACACUCCGGGAGCCGUCGCUUUUUUGUGGUCGCCAUCCCGGUACUAUUAUCCGCCGACCGCCGUGUUGCUGUAGGGAGGAAAAACGGAACGACACACAUUGCGGAAAUAACAUUAUUCUCUGUGCGUGGGCUAAAUACAAAUAUAUUCCACAACCUCAAACAUGUCUUUUUCAAGGCCUGUAUGUAAAAGAAAGGUUUGUGAUGAGCAAAGACAAAUCCGGCCCGCCAUAGGCUAUUUUGCGGCCCCCAACAUAAUAUGAAAGUUUAAUGUUACCGCGGCCCGCAAGUUUUAUAUGAAUGGUGCUUGACAGAGUUAUGUUAUUUGGGUCCAAAAUGACUCUUUCAACGUUCUGGGUUGCCUACCCCUGCACUGGUGGAAAAGCGGAAAAUUUGUGAAAGCGACAGAAAGGUUGCUAUGGAGACGAGGGUUUUCUGCUGUCACACCGCAACACUUGUCCGUCAGUAAUAACAGUCCCCGAUAACCUGGACCAAUUUAAACCGUUAUUUGUUGUUUUUAAUUGUUUAAUUUGCAUUGCCUCACACGAUGAAUACGACAUAUAUUUCUAUAUGACGCCGUAUAACACUCCGGGAGCCGUCGCUUUUUUGCGCUCGCAAUCCCGGUACUUUCCGGCUAUUACCCGCCGAUCGCCGUGUUGCUGUAGGGAGGAAAAGCGGAACGACACACAUUGCGGUAAUAUUAUUCUCUGUGCGUGGGCUAAAUACAAAUAUAUUCCACAACCCCAAACAUGUCUUUUUCAAAGCCUGCAGUGAAGAGAAAGAUUUGUGAUGAGCAAAGACAAUUCCAGGAAAAGUGGGAGAUGCAAUAUUUCUUAGUAGAGCACAGGUGCUCCCCGACGUGUCUUAUUUGCACAGAGAAAGUUGCGGUGCACAAAGGAUACAAUUUGAAACGUCAUUAUACAACUAGACAUGCUGAGGAUUAUGCAACAUUAUUUUUAAGAAAUAUUUCUUUCGGCCCAACCUCACUUAGACUCUGCAUCCAGUGGCCCCCAGGUAAAUUGAGUUUGAGACCCCUGGUUAACAUCGAUGAAGAAAGUGAAUUUAUGUUUAUAACUGAAUACAUAAAAUGCAUAAAAAUGUAUUUUCUUUUGUAUUAUUAUUAUUUUUUAAAUGAAUUAACGUUUAUGACAACCUUUUUCCAAAAAAACAAUAUAUAAUGUGAGAUAUAACAAGAUAAUGCAUACAUUUAUCAUUUGUUUUCAAAACGCUUACGAAAAAAAUGGGAUUCCAAAAAUGUUCAUGACGUGAUGGGGCCCCCGGGGGCCCUGUUUUGAAAAUGCCAAGCGCCAACACUGAUGGAAAACAAAUGCGUACUAACCACAUAUCAUCCCGGGGGACCCCAGACAAUUAAUUCGGGCCUUGACUUUGACACAUAGGCUAGAAAUCAAUCAAUGAAAACAUUUACCGUGGGACCCCAUUUUCAUGACUUGAUGGGGUCCCCGGGGGCCCCAUUUUGAAAAUGCCAAGCGCCAACACUGAUGGAAAACAAAUGCGUACUAACCGCAUAUCAUCCCGAAGGGACCCCAGACAAUUCAUUCGGGCCUUGACUUUGACACAUAGGCUAGAAAUCAAUCAAUGAAAACAUUUACCGUGGGACCCCAUUUUUAUGACUUGAUGGGGUGCCCGGGGGCCCCAUUUGGAAAAUGCCAAGCGCCAACACUGAUGGAAAACAAAUGCGUACUAACCACAUAUCAUCCCGGGGGACCCCAGACAAUUCAUUCGGGCCUUGACUUUGACACAUAGGCUAGAAAUCAAUCAAUGAAAACAUUUACUGUGGGACCCCAUUUUCAUGCCUUUUUGGGGGUGAUCUACGGGGGCCCCAUUUUGAAAAUGCCAAGCGCCAACACGGAUGGAAAACAAAUGCGUACUAACCACAUAUCAUCCCGGGGGACCCCAGACAAUUCAUUCGGGCCUUGACUUUGACACAUAGGCCCGAAUGAAAACAUUUACUGUGGGACCCCAUUUUCAUGCCUUUUUGGGGGUGAUCUACGGGGGCCCCAUUUUGAAAAUGCCAAGCGCCAACACGGAUGGAAAACAAAUGCGUACUAACCACAUAUCAUCCCGGGGAACCCCAGACAAUUUAUUCGGGCCUUGACUUUGACACAUAGGCUGGAAAUCAAUCAAUGAAAAAAUUUACCGUGGGACCCCAUUUUCAUGACUUGAUGGGGUCACCGGGGGCCCCAUUUUGAAAAUGCCAAGCGCCAACACUGAUGGAAAACAAAUGCGUACUAACCACAUAUCAUCCCGGGGGACCCCAAACAAUUCAUUCGGGCCUUGACUUUGACACAUAGGCUAGAAAUCAAUCAAUCAAUCAAUGUUUAUUUAUAUCGCCCUAAAUCACGAGUGUCUCAAAGGGCUGCACAAGCCACAACAACAUCCUCGGUUCAGAUCCCGAAUCAGGGCAAGGUAAAACUCAACCCAAUAUAUAUAUAUUUAUUCAAUGAGAAACCUUGGAGAGGACACCCGCUCCCCCAGACUGCAAUGGACACAAACUUCAAAAUCAUAAAUAAAGGUGACAAGCAGAUAUUUACAAUCUACUAUGUAAAUAGUCAUGAAAAUGAAGAAAACACACUGAAUGAGACGGUGUGUCCAAACUUUUGGCCUGUACUGUAUAUUUUCUUAAUUGCCUUACCCUGGGUAAAUAAAUGUUGAAUAAACAUAAAAACACGCGUAAAUUGGAAAUGACGACAUCGGUGUGUUGCUAAAUCUACCUCAUCCAUUGUGGUUGGAUGGUUGAUCUGCACCAUUGAACAAAUUCGAUCGGUAAAAAUGUACGGGCAAAUUGCGGGUGUUGUUGAUUGAGUUGUUGAGAAUUGGCGCAUUGUGAAUUCCUCAAGGGACUUAUAUAUUUGCAAUGUGUACAAACCCUGUUUCCAUAUGAGUUGUGAAAUUGUGUUAAAUAGAAAUAUAAUCGGAAUACAAUGAUUCGCAAAUCAUUUUCAACCCAUAUUCAUUUUAAUAUGCUACAAAGACAACAUAUUUGAUGUUCGAACUGACAAACCUUUUUUUUUUUUUUGGGUAAAUCAUUAACUUUAAAAUUUGAUGCCAGCAACACGUGACAAAGAAGUUGGGGAAAGUGGCAAUAAAUACUGAUAAAGUUGAGGAAUGCUCAUCAAACACUUAUUUGGAACAUCCCACAGGUGUGCAGGCUAAUUGGGAACAGGUGGGUGCCAUGAUUGGGUAUAAAAACAGAUUCCUAAAAAAAUGCUCAGUCUUUCACAAGAAAGGAUGGGUCGAGGUACACCCCUUUGUCCACAACUGCGUGAGCAAAUAGUCAAACAGUUUAAGAACAACGUUUCUCAAAGUGCGAUUGCGAGAAAUUUAGGGAUUUCAACAUUUACAGUUCAUAAUCUCAUCAAAAGUUUCAGAGAAUCUGGAGAAAUCACUCAUCACAAAGCUUCAACAAUUAGUUUCCUUGGUUCCCAAACGUUUAUUGAGUGUUGUUAAAAGAAAAGGUGAUGUAACACAGUUGUGAACAUGCCCUUUCCCAACUACUUUGGCGUGUGUUGCAGCCAUGAAAUUCUAAGUUAAUUAUUAUUUUUUUUUUAAAUAAUAAUACAAGUUUAGGAGUUUGAACAGCAAAUAUCUUGUCUUUGUAGUGCAUUUAAUU